AUGACAGAUCAACAUUAUGAAGAGGAAGAAUACGAUCGACACGACGAAGAGGAAGUUACCUUCCCGGAAAAUAGCAUGGACAUUUCCGACCAAUUUGGAAGGGCGUUGGAGAAAUACACCCCACUGUUACUUAGAAUGCUAAACCAAACAAUGGAAGGGGUUAUGAAUGAUCAUAUAGCCCAGAUGAUUAGAGAGGAGGUGGCUUUAAAUGUUCAACGGGAAUUUGAAAGGAGAGAUGGAAAGGGGAAGGGUAAGAAGGACAAUGAAGAGGAGGAGGAGGAAGUUAAGGGAGAGAAGUUCCACAAGAAGAAGUUUUCUUUUAAGGAUUUUGAUGUGUGUCACCUUCCUGAAUAUCAUGGUGACCGUAAUCCCAUUGUUUGUACUAGAUGGGUGUCGGAGAUUGAAGGGUCUUUUCGCACUAGUCAAUGCCCUGAAGAUCUUAAAGUGGUGUUUGCCGUGAGCAUGUUGAGGGAUAAAGCAAAGAGAUGGUGGGACAAUUUAUUGAUGGUGAAGAAGGGAGCACUUGAUAACGUGGAUUGGUCUGAGUUUAAGGCCAUGUUCUAUAAAGAAUUUAGAUCAGAGGCGGAGGUGACUAGGUUGAGGAACGAAUUCCUCAAUGAUUCCCAAGGAACCCUUAGUUUGACGGAGUUACGUGCCCAAUUUCUUGAUAAGGCACAAUUCUGCCCCGAGUUCUUAGAGAAUGAGCAAUUGAUGAAGGAGCAGUUUUAUAUGAAGUUGAAGAAGAGUUUGAGGGAGAGGAUUAGUUUACGUCAAAUGGAGUCUUUCUCCAUGUUGUGUAAUGUGGCUCGAGAUUACGAGAUCGAGCAAACUAGAGUUGAUGAGAAUGAGGUGAAGAGAAAGUAUGAUGGGGAUAAUUCACCGACUAAAAGGUUUAAACAAGAUGGUGCUUCCGGUAGUAAUGCCUUUAGAAGAAAUGCUCCUUUUUGCAAAACUUGCAAGAGAAAUCAUCAUGGCUCGUGCAGGGAGAAAGCUUGUUACAACUGUGGGAAGACGGGUCAUGUGAGUCGAGAUUGUAGGUCGAAGCCCCAUAAGCCCCUCAUUUGCUUUAAGUUUUUUGAAGAGGGGCACAUGAAGAGCUCGUGUCCUAAGCUAACCGAGGAAGAGAGACAAGAAGAGCGGAGGAAAGAAGCAGAAAGAAGGAAUGCAUUGCCACACGGUAAUCAAGGGGGGAGGUCCUUCCAACUUACCGUGGAGCAAGCUAAGAACGCUGAUGACGUGGUUACAAGUACUUUUCUUAUGUAUAAUGUGCCAAUGCGAAUUCUUUUUUAUUCCAGAGCGAAUAGAUCAUUUGUUGCAACUAGGAUGAUUCAUGUUAUUCCCAUGUCUAAAUUGAGUCUAGAUUAUAUCUUACAAGUUGAGGUCGGGAACGGGAAGACGGAGAUAGUAAGAGAUGUGUAUAAAAAUUGUGAAAUCAAAAUUGUUACGGAAUUCUUCCAAGCUAACUUAAUUCCUUUCCCAAUGGGAGAAUUUGAUGUAAUUUUGGGUAUGGAUUGGUUGAGCUCUUGUAAUGCCAAGAUAGCGUGUGACGAAAAGGCGGUUUAUUUGAAAACCUCUAAAGGUGAAGACUUGAUAGUAUAUGGUGAUAGAAAUGGGCGUCCUAUACCCGUUUGUACUUUUGCUCGUGCCCAACGUUAUUUGUCUCAUGGAUGUCAUGCAUAUCUUGCUCACAUUGUUGAUGUCACGAAGAAAUCUCUAUCUAUUGAAGACAUCCCUAUAGUUCGCGAUUUUUCCGAUGUUUUUCCUGACAACUUGCCGGGUGUUCCUCCCAAACGGCAAGUUGAGUUUUCUAUUGAUCUUGUUUCGGGGGCUACCCCUAUUGCUAAAGCUCCCUAUCGAUUGUCACCAACGGAGAUGCAAGAAAUGAUGAAGCAACUCCAAGAUUUACUUGAAAAGGGGUUCAUACACCCUAGUAAUUCUCCUUGGGGUGCUCUGGUUCUCUUUGUUAAAAAGAAAGAUGGAAGUAUGCGCAUGUGUAUUGACUACCGAGAGUUGAAUAAGGUGACUAUCAAGAAUAAAUACCCAUUGCCGAGAAUUGAUGAUCUAUUUGAUCAACUACAAGGAGCUUCGUAUUUUUCAAAAAUCGAUCUUCAUUCGGGUUACCAUCAACUCAAAGUGUGUGACGAAGACAUUCCUAAAACCGCAUUCCGUACUCGCUAUGGUCAUUUCAAAUUUGUGGUUAUGCCCUUUGGUCUUACAAAUGCUCCCGCGACAUUCAUGGAUCCCAUGAACCGUGUAUGCCGUCCCAUGCUUGAUAAAUCCAUUAUUGUCUUUAUUGACGAUAUUCUCAUCUAUUCUAAAAGCUCAUCUGAUCAUGAAGUCCAUUUGCGGGAGGUGUUGGAAACUUUACGCAAGGAAAGACUCUAUGCCAAGUUCACCAAAUGUGAAUUUCGGCUAAGGGAGGUACAAUUCCUUGGCCACAUUGUUAGUAAUGAAGGAAUCAUGGUAGAUCCGGCCAAGAUAAAUGCGGUAAUGAAAUGGGAGCAACCAAAGAACCCAUCGGAGAUUAGAAGUUUCUUUGGUUUAGCGGGUUACUAUCGUCGAUUUAUACAAGAUUUGUAA